GGGCGCGAUGCAAUGGAAUGGGAAGAGGAAAUAAAUCCCUUCCAUUUAGAAACGUUAACCUGUCUUACACUUUACUGUGAGAAGCAAAAUUCAGAACCAAAGUCAACCGACGAAAAUUUGGAUGCUGCAAUGGAGAAAAUUGCUGUCAGAGUAAAGAACAAAAGUGAGAGCUAAAAAAUUUCUCCCAUGACCAGAAGCUACCUUUUGUCUAUUAUGACAGGAUAAAAUUGUUUAAUGCUGCUAAAUCUGGUAGAUUA